AUGGAUGUUAGCAAAGACUACGUGGAGCCUGGGACGCCUGGGACAGGUUUAGAGAGCAGGGCAUUGCAGACUCCAGACAGGAACACCGUUGCAGGAACUUUGGGCGGCCAUGCUGAAGAUGCGGCAUGGGCGGAGGACACCACCACUGGCCUGAUCAGGGAGACCUCUGCUGGUGAUCCUUUCAGCGGGCUGCACGAUCAGCCGACGACAGAUGGAGCUGGCAACGGGCCCAUCACGGCCAUGAAUGCAGAGAUACAUGCUCGAGAGCACGCGGAGCGACGGGAGCAUGAGCUUGAGAACGCUAACCUGCAGUCUCUCGCCGAUCGACAAGCCCUCUCCUUCUCGAACCAAGGUCUGCCCUCGCUUCAAGAGCAGCAUCAUCGUGUUGAGCUGCUGCUACUAGAUGUCACUUCCCAUGUCGAGGGCCUGUCGGACAAGACAGCGGGGAGCACGAAGGCAAUAGAGGGCGGACAGUACUCGGAGCAGUACACCGAGGUCGUCACUCCUCAGUACCACGAGACUCAGGUUUACCAUCAUGACGGAUACAUCCCCCUUGAAGCGAACUCUGUCGCUGAACAAGCAACAGCUCAGGUGUCGAGCAUGGCAGAAGUGCAGAAGGCAGAGCUGACCAAUCUCUCAGCAGACUAUCCAAAGUCAGCACAAGCCGUCAUCACAGGAGCAGCAUGCUUCGGUGGGCUAACUCUGCUAGCAUGCGAAGAGGAGAUGUCAGCAGCAGACAUGUCCAGCAUGAAAUCUCAAAAUGACGUCCUGUACACAUCGAGAGACCCACAGCUUGUUUCAGUCGAUGGAACUUUGCAGUAUCAGCAGUCGGUCCACCUCGCCCACGUCCUUCAAUCGGCGCCAACAAUCUACGUCACCUCCCAGCACUUGCAGCUCGGCGUUGCCUCUCAG